AAAAAGUUUUGUUAUAAGACAGUUUAUGUGAAUGCGAGAUCAUAGCCUAAUGGCAGGUUGGAGGAGAGUGAGUCGAGCAACAGAUGCCGCACUGUGAAAUAAGCCCUUAAUUCCGCUAAGUCUCAGGAGGGGUAACAACACAGUAAUACAGACUGUGUGUGAGGACCAGUCGUAUGAGCGCUUCGUUGCUGAUGCCGUCACUAGUUUGCCUUCGAAGCUGACUAUGCACGAUCGUUGACAGUCCUGUCUGGGAGUUGGGAGGCACAGCCAAUAGUCUACGUAAAAAUAAUAACGAUGUAAUUUCCACGCAAUUUCGUCUUGAUUUAGAAAUCGACAACCAGGCCUUUGACAGUCACCACAAGGAUUUUUAACGGACCUGCGAAUCUCCGUGACUCUUUUUGGACCGGUCAAAUUAAACCUUUGAUUUACUUAAGUAAUUCCAGUCGUGGAGGGACGGAAGGCAAUCCGACUUUGCCGGCAUGCCGCCCAAGAAAAAGGGUUCGGCGGACCGUCAGGACAACAACACUGAGGUGGAAAAAAAUGCACAGGUGCAAUUGGAAAAGGCAAAGUACAAACCUGUUGCGUUUGCUGUGCGUGCAAAUUACACCUACACUCCUGCAGACGAUGAUAAUGUGCCCAUGCCUGGACAUGGUGUGACCUUUGAGGCCAAAGACUUCCUGCAUGUUAAAGAGAAGUUUAACAAUGAGUGGUGGAUUGGUCGGCCAGUGAAGGAGGGUGGUGAGGUGGGCUUCAUCCCUAGCCCUGUGAACUUGGAGACCAUUCUGAUCAGACGAGAAGUGCAAGCCCGCAAGGCUGCCAAGGCGCUAGCCAAUAAAUUAGCUGCGGCGGCGGCCACAGGGGACACAUCAAAGAAACCUCCCCCUCCUCCUCCGGAAGUUGGUUUAGAGGGCUGUGAGCCUGAGCCGGGAGACUGCGAGCCUCGAGCCCUGGCCCACGCUGCUAGGGUCAGUCCCACCCCAGUCCCGUCCCCCUUAGGCAAAGACAAAAGAGGGGCCUUCCUUAAGAAGGGGGAGCAAUUGGCUGCAUAUGAUGUUGUGCCUUCCAUGCGUCCUGUAGUUCUUAUGGGCCCCUCACUGAAGGGUUAUGAGGUGACAGACAUGAUGCAAAAAGCUCUGUUUGACUUCCUGAAACAUCGCUUUGAAGGGAGGAUAUCCAUAACUCGGGUGACCGCUGACAUCGCCCUUGCUAAACGUUCAAUACUCAACAACCCAGGCAAACAUGGCCUAAUAGAUCGCUCCAACACACGCUCAAGUUUAGCCCAGAUCCAGGGAGAGGUGGAGAGGAUCUUUGAGCUGGCCCGCAGCCUGCAGCUGGUGGUGCUGGACGCGGACACUAUCAACCACCCCAUCCAGCUCAGCAAGACUUCCCUGGCUCCCAUUUUGGUCUAUGUGAAGAUCUCAUCGCCUAAGGUUCUGACAAGAUUGAUCAAGACCAGGGGGAAAUCUCAGACCAAACACCUGAAUGUCCAGAUGGUGGCAGCUGACAAACUGGCCCAGUGUCCAAAUGAGAUAUUUGACGUCAUCUUGGAUGAGAACCAGCUGUCUGACGCCUGUGAGCACAUAGCGGACUACCUUGAGUCGUACUGGAGGGCCACCCAUCCCCCAGAGAUGGAGCCUGCCAACCCCAUGCUGGAGAAGCUGGCGGAGAACACCCUCCCCAUCAGCCCAGCAAAGGAAGAGCCCAAAAGUAAGAAAAUGGUUGCCACCAAGCGGAAAGGAUCCCAAGAGAACAGUCCUGACCAGCCACCCCCGGAACCACGAGAGGAGGAAGAGGAGGAGAGGCUGGACGAGGAGGAGGAGGACGACGAGCAGAGGCCGCUGAGAGGCGAGUCCAAGCGGCCUCAGCACGUCCACCACCACCACCACCACCGCCACCGCGCCGCCGGCACCGCUGCGGCCAGGCCUGAGCACCAUAACCAUCAGGCCCCGCAGCCGCUGGACGUAGAGCUGCUGCCGGGCCGCGAGUCCGUCUACUCCGAGUCGCGCCGGCGCUGCGUCCUCCUGGAGGAGGACGACGAGCCGGCCGGCGAGGUGUACCACAACACGGUCAGCCACAGGGACCACAACCACCACCACCACAACCACCAACACCACCGGCAGCACCACCACCACCACCACCGGGCCAGCGGCGGCGCCAGCGAAGCCCUGGUGAUGGAGGACCACCACUACCAGGGCCGGGACUACGAGCUGGAGCACAACGAGCGCAACAGGCAGCACCGGCAGCACCCGAGCCAGCUCCGCUCACAGCACGAACACCACCACAGCCACCACAACCACUACCACUACCCGGGGAGGGACGGGGGCCGAGACAGGGACAGGGAGGUCAGGCGCGGAGACGCUGGGGAGUGGUCCAGAGAGAUGUACAUUCAACAGUGAGCGCAGCUGCAUUUGCACAAAACUUUUGCUCUCAGGUUGGAGACUCGCAUUUCCUCUCCCUCUUCCUUUGUUUUGUUUUGUUUCUCCUCAUCCUCUUCUUCUCGUCUGUCUUGCUGUUUGUCAAGGUUUCAUUCUACUGGUCAGGGGACAAAGGAGUUCUGACCCUACAUUGUGCCAGUGUUUAUGGAUGUCACAGGAUUUAUGCUAUGGAAACAAAGUCAGUCAUUGAAUGCUGUUGGAACAUUAUAGCCUAGUAUAAUCUGCAAUAAUCAGUGCAAUUUCAUUUCUACUGUUCUUACAAAUCUAUCAAAUCAAUUAAAUAAUUAGAUCUGGUUUAGUAUAUCAAGCAGGAGUUGGGUAAGACAUAAACCAUCCACAUAUCAGAGAUACAAAGGGAUCACUAUUGUAGUGCUCAAACAUUGUCUCAACAUUAAAACAGUGAAUUCACCUCGGCUCACCUCAGACACUGAUCCCUGAGCACAAUUUGACUGAUCAAGACUGCUGCAGCAAGUCCAUUUUUUGAUUUAUAGGAAUGAUUAAUGAAUAUUAUUGGCUCUUGGUAUUACAAAAAAAGGACUAUAGCUCUUGGCACUCAUACACAGAAGUAUCAAGUCUGAAAUCAUAUAAAUGGAAAGAUUUGUAACGUUGUAGCCAAAAAGUAUUUUACUGUAUGUAUUUCAUCAACCAUGCAGAAGAGGGUGCCUCAUUGACCAAGUCCCCUUGGUCAGGUGCCAGUGACACGAAAACAAGCUGUGAUGUGAUGAUAGUGCCCUCUUGAGGGAGUACUGGUUUGUUGGCUUAGACUUGGGACUGAAAAAUGUAUUUCUUCCAUUAGACUUAGUUCUCCAUUUUCUUUCAUGUGAGCCAAACUCUCCACUCAAUAGUUUUGAACUGUUCUGUAUUGAAAACAAAGUAAAUUAAUGCACAUGAAGGUGUGUUAGCUCUUACUGUAUGCCAUUGCAUAUAUUAUGCAUUAUGAAUGCACACCACAAUAGUAAUAUCAUUGAUUUGUAUUAGACAAAUGAAGAACACGCGUUGAUUAUGCUGUGUAACAUUUAGUGCAGUGUUUAGCUUUCAUAACGUCUGUUUUAUAUUUAACUUAAUUUUAGCAAUGGGUAAUUCAAACUACCCAGUGUGCACGGAAGUGGUAUUGAUGCUUCAGUAUACUAAUGCAAACAUCAACUCAAAUGUUCACUUUUAUUUUCAUGAUGAUUCUGUUAGUGAUGUGGCAAUGUUUGCCUGUUGAGCUACCCUUAACACUAUCCUUUAAAGCACCUAUGCACGCAAAAGAUCACAUCAGCUACAGUGUCCAAUGUCUCAGUAUUGUCUCUAACUAAUAACACGAAGAAUGUGGGUGUGUGAGUGUAGUCAUGUCAAUAAUUUGAUGUUCUAUUGUGCCCUUUGUGUAAUACCAAAAAGUAUGUGCACGAGCCAUUUACAAAUCACAUGGCAGGAAAUAACAUGGCUUGAUCUACAGUAGCCUACCUUUCAUUUUGGUCAAGACCACCCCUCUACACUCAUAGUGUGGUUAUAACAGACAUAAAAGUGUGUGCUUCUGCAAAUAUGUUAAUUUGCAAUAGGUUUAUUGUAUGCCACAAAUUUCCUCCAAUAAUGUUGAGCCCAGGUUCAUUAUUUAUUUAUUUAUAUUUGUGCCAUUCAAAGUUAAAAUAAAUCCAUUAUGCACUGUUUAUUAAUGCCAUUAUUGCAUUAGUUGCAUUCUGUCACAACACAUUCAAAUGUUGAAACGGAUCUAAUCACUCAUGAUGAUUAAUGACAGAUGACUGUGUUUUCAUGUUCACCUCAUACUGUAGCAAGCAUCCUAGCAACUGUGUUUCCAUUUUAAUCACAGUAAGACACUAGUACUGAAACUGAUCUAUGUAACUAACAAAUGUGUGUGUGUACAUGUAUAUAUGUACACACACACACAAACAUACACACACAACUAUGUUGUUUGAGAGCUUCCUACUUUUAUACAGGAAGAGUUCAAGCACUGGAACAUGUACUAUAUGUAUUAGGCUGUUAUUUGGGAGCAUGAUUCCUAUUUUUUAAUCACGUGGACACUGUGUUUAAUCCUCUAUGCAUAAAUUUGUGACAAUAUAGCUUGAAUCCUAUUUCUAUGCAUUUGUAUAUAUGUCAUAAAUGCCUUUGUAGAUAUGGAAAUCAGAGUGAGCACUGAAAGCACCUGUCUUAACUCCAAAACCAGAGGUAUUUUCAUUUAUUCAGCAAGUAUUGGAGAAGGAGAAAGUUCCGGAUUAAAUGUCUUUUAAUGUACAA